AUAACAUCACAUGAGUCAGAAGGUCACAGCAUAAGAAUACAAAGUUCAGAGAAAGAUGAAUGCCUUCAACCUUUCAACUCAGGCUCCUAGCGCAACGCAGAUGAUUCUCGCCGGUCAAGAACCCCAGAUCCGUCCAAAUGCUACAGGUGUCAUCGUAUAUAUCGUCGUCAUGGCUGUUAUCUUAGCAGUCGGUUUUGUUGGCAACUUGCUGACUAUAGUAGCCUUAAGUUGCCAUGAGCACCGAAGCAAGAGUAUCACCCCAUUCAUGAUGAACCUCGCGAUCGCUGACAUUAUCAUUAUUGUCUUUGGAUAUCCAGUGGUGGUCGCUGCAAACUUUACUUCCUCCGGACUCAACGUGCGUAACAGUCGGUUCCAGUGCAAUUGGUCGGGAUUUAUCAAUGGCUCUGUUGGAAUUGCUUCCAUUGCCAACCUGACUGUGAUGAGUCUGGUGAUGUAUUCUGUCAUAAACAAGGUCAGCAACAAUUCAAAAAUCUCCAGAUGCAAGGUAAUAUUCAUCAUUAUACUCACAUGGGUGUACGGAGUGAUGGCUAUGGUCCCGCCGUUAGUGGGUUGGAACGAGUUCGUCCCAGGCGCCUCUGGUAUCAGCUGCUGUCCUAACUGGUCCCCUGAAACUAAAGCUGGAGUGGCGUACAAUGUGUUGCUGGUUUUCGUUGGCUUUGUUCUUCCACUAACCGUCAUUAUGUGUGCUUAUCACAGAAUAUACAGGUAUAUCUGUGCACAGAAACCAACUCAUGGAAGUGCUUCGAUUCAAGCCAUUCGAAGAAAAUCCGAAAUCAAAGUCGUACGCAUGAUUGCCAUGUCAAUUGCAGCCUUUGUCUUGAGCUGGUCUCCGUACGCUAUCGUCAGUAUCAUGGCCACCGCCCGGGGUACUAAUGUACUGACACCUGAAGCGGCAGAAGUCCCGGAUCUACUUGCUAAGGCCUGGGUUAUCUACAAUCCCGUUGUAUACACAGCAAUGAACGUUAGAUUCCGUAAGACCUUGAUGCGUAUCGUUCCAAUUAGCUGCAUCCUCCUCAAGGAUAAGAAUCCAUUGGGGAAAAAAAUAUCAUCCACAGUAAAAUCACGCCCCACACAUGCUUGCACAAUACCGGAUCCGCCAAGGGAUAGAGCCCAUAGUGUGGUGUAUUCAGGGGGUACCUUCAGUGAUGAUGACAUCUCAUUAAAAACUUCUCUCAACAGACAAUGGCCAGUUCCAGUUUGAAUCAGAGCUGAAGGGGCCAGAUUUUAGUUUGAUUCAUUGGAUAUUGCAUUGCUAACACACAUAUUUUACUUUUAUGAGCCAGCAUAAUUCAUUUAUAAUUCUUACCAGAUCUCGAUGGUAAGGACUAAGACAAGUGAGGCUCUAGGGACGAGAACUUCUUAAGAUGUUGAAAGCAUGCUGGCAAAUCUUUUGCAUUAAAUAGUCACGUGUUGAGCCGUCCACCGCUCGAGCUGAACGCCCGCAAGUGAUUGAGGGAGCGUGACCUCAUAGAACGAGAUUGUUAGUUGCUUAUUACAAGACGCUCUUUGCGCAUUGUUUUUAGGUUGAGUUGGAAUUUGCAGUGAUGGUGCCCAGCUUAAUUUGUUAUUCUACAAUUGAUAUCGUAGUUAGAAAAAUGACUUUUCAUCUUGAAAAUACGCUUGGUAGUAAACUGUGUUAGAAAAAAGAGAAACGUAAACACGGUUUUGAUAUUGUAUUGUGUGCAGCCUUAUGCCUUUGAUCAUCUUGUGAUACCAAUGCUAUGCUUUAUCGAGCUUUUUCUUAUGACAUUUUGGUGUAAGGUAUAUACAUGUAACUGCGACAUUCCUUCUCAGGUUUAUGAGGACAGUUAGACAGUUAAUACUCCACUAACUGUUCUUCAACGCAACACUGAUACGUU